GAAAGGCAACCAGAGGCCAACCCACCGCCUGAAUGUUUGACAGAUGUGAAUAAAAAUGAUAGUAACAUCCUGGCUGGUCUGAUUACCCCAGAGCAAAACUCAUAUGCAGAGGAAUACAUGCUUGAUAAUGAGAUUGUUCAUUCAAAUUGUCCAUCAUACUCACCACCACCCCCUCCACCCUCAUCCCCCCUACCCCCAACACCAGUUCUUCACAAAUUCCUAAAUGACUGUUUCGUAGGGGAAGAAGAAGACGGCAAAAACACCAGAAGCUCAACUGAAAUGUCUUUAUCUAAUUCUGAAGAGAUGCCACUUAGUGAACAAAAUCACACCAACAAAGCACAAUUGCACUUAGAAAUCCCAACCAGUAUUAUUGAAUAUGAAGCCUUCAGUAUUGAUUCUACCAUGAUUGCUAGCGACGAAGUAUCCAACAGCACCAAUUCAGACAAUGUUUUUGAUGAUGAUGAAAUGACCAAUUCCCUAAAUUCUAGUUCAAGUGACACAAAAGCUGUUGACAGAGAUGAUUGGACUGUAGCUAUAAGGCCUAGCAGCAGUGCUAAAUCAACUACAGAAGGUAAAGAUGAGUCUGAAAUGAGUAUAUGCAAGUCUUUUACCGAUACUGAAGCUCAUACAAGAAUUUAUCCCAUGAAUUCUGAAUAUACUCGAGCUAUAAACUCCAUCACAGCAAAGCUUGGAGCUGCUACAAGUGUCACGUCUCCCACAUAUAAUUCAGGUGCUACAUUGAAAAGUGAGGUGACGCAAGAAACUGAGUCAUGCUCGGAUCAAAAUGUGGAUAAACCUAGAAGUGAAUCCACCACGCCAUGUGCUGAAGCUAAAGGUAGUUUGGCUACUCCCAGUUUAGCAAAAGCUAGCACAACCACAGUCCUUGAUGUCUCCAAAGAGCCUCCUUCACCACCAGUUUCCUCUUCCAGUCUUGUUCCCCCAGCUUCAUGGGCAGUUUAUCUGCCUCCACACUUAGGGGGCCAGGAUUCCCCUUUCAUAGUGAGAUGCACAAAGUAAGAAGGACCAGUCUUGACAGGCCUUUAAUGGGUCUCUGUAGACCAACAGAGCAGAACUCAGACUCACCAAAAACAUUUUCCUCAGGCUGCAAGGUGUUUACCAUCUGCGAGGACCCGUCCCAGACAAAGACACCAGCUGAGAUGGAGCCCGUCCUACCCUUGAAGCCUGAGUUUGGAUGCAGUUCUGGGCUAGCAUCUGGAUGUGAGUCAGUUGUGGAGGGUGUGCAGGUGCCACUGGACGCUUGCAGUUGCCCGACAGUCUACACCAACUGCUUCAGCGGGGGGGACAGCUUUGAUGAGGAGCUGACAGUUUAUGAGUUCUCCUGCCGCACACUGAGUAGCGGUGUGACUCAGACUUCUGGAGCAGGUCUUCCUCUCAUGACCUCCCCUCCUGUUCCCUCCUUCCUCUCCACCUCCUCCACACACUCUCCCUCCUUUUCACGCUCCAUCCUUUUCUCCUCCUCUACCUCUGAGCUGAGUCCACUCCUCUCACCAUUGUCUGAGGCCUCUGACUGUUUCAUGUCUCAAACGCACAAGGACACUAUCAGUCGGCUAGGCCAGUGGGAGUAAGUCUGGAAAAAAGGCUGCAUUAAAUCAUUUUACCACUAGGGUGCAGAAACAGACUUUGAGGGAGUCCCAUCACUGACACUGUUUAUGACAGUGAUACACUGCUCUUCAACCUGGUAUCAAGUGACUUGUGAGUUAUGAAUUUUUAAAUCAACAUUGCAAGAAGACACUGAUUC